GGGGAAUGGUCGUAAAGACACGCCGCAUUUACGUUUAUUUUGACCAUAACAAAGGGAUAUGCGGGGCUAGUAUUUAGGGAACGGUCAGUUCUCGUGGUAAUUCAGCAUUUAGGGAAUCAACGGGGACGCUGGGUGUGUUUAGUUGUGCUGCUUUUGUCCGACUCCCCCUGUUCUGAGCAGUUGGGAGUGUCGGUGGUUUAAACGGGGAGCGCGCGGCACAGUAACGGUUACAGACCGGUGAUCGCGAGCGACAGCGGGACCCGCGGGGCUGGGCACUCGGACCUCCGACCUAGGACCUCCUACCUCCGGAGACCAGCAGGGAGUCACUCCGUUCCAACUAAUGCAGCGCCUUUAAAUAAGCAAAGCUGUUUCUCGAGCAGUAAACAGCGGUUGACUGACAGAUUAUGCACGGCCACCCUCUUGAUCUAAGGUGUGGGUAUCAUUGAGCGUCUUAAAGGAGGAGAGAGAGUCAGAAAGUUUAAGGAAGGCGAUUCCAGCAGAAGCAAGCAUUCAACUAGAAUAGAGUUAAUCCUGUUGAUGAGAAGGAGCGUAUUCAAUCUUCUUCACCUCCAAUCAAGCACAAAGAUCACCAUAACCUGAGAGAAAUGGAUCUGACUUCUUCCAUGAAAUCCCUGUUGCUGGCUAUCACACAGUAUAAAAAUAGCAAAUCCGAACAGAAUGCUUUACAAAUCCAAAGGCAAUUGGAUAUAAUUUGUGGAAUGAAAGCAAUACAUGUAUUUGCAACAAAUCAAAGUUUGCCAAGUGAAUGUCUGAACAGUCUUGUGGAGCUUGUUGGUGAUCCUAACAUAAAAGUGACACUGACUCUGAAGAUAAUAGGAUUACUCACUCAAUUAGCAUCAGGUAGUGAGACCAGAGAAAUAUUACACACAUACAACCUUAUCAGUGCACUUGCAGCAGUGGUUCAUCAUAACAGUACAACUCCCAAAGAACAAGUGGUAUUGCAGAGCCUGCAGCUUCUACAGAAAAUAACUUAUAACACCAGAGUUUUUCAUUGUGGUACAAAUGUUGAUGAACUGAUUGCAUUUCUGGUGAAACAUGUUCAAGCCCCAGAAGAUGAGCUCACUUUACCAUGUCUAGGAUUGAUGGCAAACCUUUGUCGCCACAACUUCUCUGUUCAAGCCUAUAUAAAAUCAUUGAAUUAUAUUAAAGGGUUUUAUCGAUCUCUUAUUAAAUUCUUAGCUCACAGCAGUUUAACAGUAGUGGUUUUUGCACUUUCUAUACUAUCAAGCCUAACUCUGAAUGAAGAGGUGGGAGAGAAGCUAUUUCACGCCAAAAACAUCCACCAGACAUUCCAACUUAUAUUUAAUAUUCUGGUCAAUGGAGAUGGAACACUGACCAGAAAAUAUGCUGUAGAUCUUCUGGUGGAUCUCCUCAAGAAUCCCAAGAUUGCAGAUUUCCUUCAAAGGUACGAGCAUUUCAAAUCAUGCUUAUGUCAAGUGUUAGGUCUUCUUCGUGGUAAAGAUUCAGAUUCAGCAGCUAAGAUCCUUGAAUUACUAGUUGCAUUUUGCUCAGUGAACAGUCUCAGGAGAAUAUUAUGCCAUGCAGUGUUUGGAGCUUCUGAAGAAAGACUCACAGCAGCUAAACUCAAAUCGCAACUUAAACCUUCAGAGCCAAUUAUUACUCUCAUCCAUUGGUCAAGUCAACCACUAGAGAAUCCUGAGAGGUGUUCAUUACUUGCUCUUGUUCUUCUAAAGGAGUUAUUUGAGGAAAUAAUUGACUGUACCCUUUGGAUCACAGUUGAGCCAUUUAUGGAGCUGCUUUUUCCUGUUAUCUUGGAGCAGUUAAAGAUUCCAGACCAGUCUUUAGAGGAUGCUCUAUUAAAAAAGAAAUAUGAGCGAAUUGCAAAGGCACUUGAUGUCCUUUUGGUGCUUUGUGGAGAUGACACAGCAAAAUUACAGAUUGCUAAAGUUCUCACUGCCAGAAAUUGUAUUUCAAUUCUGGAGUAUCAGUUUACAUACAAUAGGAUGGAUGUUGGCUAUCGGAGCAAUAUAACAGAUGUGGAACUAUGUAAAAUAGGUACAGAUAUUGUCUUAAAGACUCUUACCCUUAUGAGUGGAGUCAAACAGCUGGUGCCGAACAUGGAAGCAAGCUUUUAUAAGAUUUUACAGGACCAGCGACUUACUUCAGCUUUGUCAUUUGCAUUGACAUCUGAGCACAGAGAGUAUGUACAGUUUGCGUUAAAGAUUCUGUUUGAGGCAGCACCUUUGCCUGAUUUUCCUGCUGUCAUGCUUGGAGAAAGCAUUGCUGCCAAUAAUGCUUGUAAGCAACAGAAUUCUGAUCACGUGAUUAAAAACAUACCUGUCCAGCAGCAAUCAACAAACUUCAUAACACCAAAGUGUUCGAGUACCGCUGAUGCAACCAGAUCAAAUAUUCAUGAAUUAAUUGAUAAAUUGCAAAUGGGAGCAGAGCUGAAGGAACAAAUCAAGGAUGUUAGGCUUUCAGAUGUGAUGGAUGUCUAUGAACAGAAGCUUUCCUCCCUUGCAUCCAAAGAAAAUCGUUUACAAGAUUUGUUGGAAGCUAAAGCACUGGCCCUAGCACAGGCUGAUCGCUUGAUUGCCCAGUAUCGUUGUCAAAGAGCCCAUGCAGAAGCAGAGGCACGACAAUUAGCUUCACUUCUAAUGGACGCAGAGAGAAAAAAUGAAGAACUUGAUGGAGUGUUGAAGACUCAGCUGCUGGAAUCUGACCGUGCCAAGGCUGAUAUUGAAGAGCUUUAUCAACACAAUUGUAAACUACAAGCAGUUGCUGAAGAGCAUGAGUCAUUAAAAAUUACUUCUAAAAAUCUUUCUCAAACACUUGAUAAUGUUGAAAGGCAAUUUAAAGAACUUCAAAUUGAACAUAAUUCAUUAAGCAAACAAUGUGAAUUAUUCAAAAAGCAAAUUGACUCUCUUAAGCAACAGAAUGAUAGGUACAUUGCUCUGUUGGCAGAGUUGGAAGGACAGAAAAAUGAUUUGUGCAUUCAGUUGCAGGCGAAGGAUAAUAAAUUAUUAGAUUUAGAACAAAGGUUCCAGUCACAACAUGAGAAAACAAAAACAAUGGAAAAGGCGAAAGAAGACUUAGAAGAAGCUAUUGGUAUACUCCAAAAGGAUCUUAGCAAGACUGAGUUAGCAAGGAAAGAACUCAGCAUUAAAUUGUCAUCCCUCGAAGUCCAGAAAUCCCAGUUUGAGGCACAAUUACAGCAAAAAGAAGCCCUUGUUCAAGCUCAACAGGAGGAACUCAGCAAACAUUCUCAGAUGAUAGCAAUGAUUCAUAGUCUUAGUAGCAGUAAACUACAAUCAAACACUGUAAAUCUCAGUUUGUAGCCUUGCUUAUUUUUGUCAUUUUAAUGUGGAAAGAAAUAGGAAACGUCUCAAUUGUUAGCUUCGAGUUUCUGCAGCUGGAUGAUUAGAUAUUCAUUCUGUGGGAUUAAAGCUACAAAUCAUUUUAACUAGAAUUCAUAACUAUUAAAUGUAAAGUAUUUAAAAUCUGUUUGCUUUGAUGUUGCUUGAAAUUAGAUUGCUUUGGGUACCAUUUCAUACAAGAAUAUUGUCUAUAAUUUUGAUGUAGUGAUUCAAACCAGAUUUCUGUUGAACUGUAUUACCAGUCUUGGUCUGCAAUACAAUACAAUGUAUGACCAAAACUUUUAGUAGAAUGUAUAUUGAGAGGGUGUCACUUAGAAUUUAGGCAAUAGUUAUUUCAAACUUGAACAACUCUAUACUUAAUGAUAGAGUAGAAUUCUGCCAUUAUAUUAAUACUAAAUAUAAUUGUCUUUCAGUAUAGUCCUGGUUUCCAAUACCCAAACCAGUUACAAUUAUUGUAUAAUCAAUUAUGUAUUUUAUUUUGUUGCAUAUUUAAGUUGAGUGAGAUUAUCGUAAAUUGUGCUGCUCAUGAGCUUUACACAAUGGAAAUAUUUGAAAUACAAUUUUUCAAAUAUUUUAUAAAGAUGUCUGACCAACUUGAAAUAAGCAUUACCCAAAAAUAAAGAAAUCAACCUACUAAAUUCAAAUUCAAACUCACCAAUAUUAUUAUAUUAAAUACUUGGAAACAAUUGACCUUAUAUACCCCUGUCACUUGUUCAAAUCUUAUGCACAUUUGUAAAGGAGUUUUGAUACUCGUCUGAAACUGUGGUGUUUACUUUAUGCAUAUUCUCAUUUUCAGUUAGCAUGCACAACCAAACUUAAUUGUACAUCUUUUCUUCCUUUGUCUCUAUUGACAGAAUAAACUUUUUAAAUAUUAAUAAAUUUAAGCUGAGUAUAGAUAUUGUUUAUACAAUAUAUAAACACAUAAACAUUUUGUUUUUUUUGUACAAUGUAUCAAUGUUUUUGAUAAAAUUACACUAAUUCAGAUUAAAUAGCAAAUGGAUUGUACAUAUUUCUGCUCUUGAUAGUCCUCUUAAAACAUUGGCCAGAGACCACAUUAUUCAAUCAUAACUGGAAGAUGUGCUUGGAGGAGUGAUAGAUGUUAUAUGAUCAGUUGGGAGAUUGAAGGCAUAUGCAUCAAGUGCAUCAGUGGGUAUUUAAACUUCAUUUUUGAUGGAAGCAUGUACAAGGAAGGUUUAUUUGCAGCAAUUUCAACUCCAUUAUUUAAAGGGCUGAUCAUACAGCAUCAUUCAACUGUAGAUGAAAGAAAAAGGGAAAAAAGGAUGUAAACGAAUAUAGUUGACAAAUAAAACCAUGCCCAAAUUCUUUGAUACUCCUUAAUGUGUUGCUAGUGAGGAACUGGAAAGUCAUUUCUGUGGGAUGCAAUCUGCAACAGGAGUAAAAGUGACCUGCCUACGUGUGACCUAAGAGAUGCCACACAAAGGUGUAGUGCCAUACUCCUGAGUGUGGUGCCAGAAGCAAUUUGACUAAUUUAAUCAUGUCACAAAAAUUGAAUAGGGAUUCACAUUCUGUGUGUAUCUUAAGAUCAGUGCAGCUCAGGAGGCCCUUCAGCUUAUGGAGUCCAUGCUAGCUUCCUGUAGAUGAGUCUGUUCUCCCCCAUAAACUCAUUCUUGUGUAUCCUUAUCAAAUUCCCUCUCAGUCUUACUCCACGGAUACCAACACCAACUUCUCUAGCUGAAUCUUGUAUCUGAAACUGUCAUCUCUCUUUCCGUAUACAUCCUCCUUAAGACUUCCUAAAGUAUGGUGGCUAGAAUUGGAAAAAUAUUCCAGUUAUGGUUUAAAGCAUGUUUAUUAAUAAACAAUUAACCUUUCUGAUUUUGUACUAUUUAUUUGUAAACUUUGAUGAUAAUUCCCUCAACAUGUCUUAAAGCUUUCGAAGAUUUAUACAUCCCAGGUCCCUCUGUUCAUAUAUAGUCUUUGAAACUGUAUUGUCUAUUUCCAUUUUAUUGAAGCUCCUACUUCUCUCUAUUAGGUUCCAUCUGCCUUUUAGCUAUACAGUUCCUCAUUUUAGAGUCCAGUGGUGUUCUCAAUAUUUACCACAGCUACCAAAUUGAGUAUCACCUGCAAAUUUUGAAAUUUUGUCACAUAUGCUCACAUCCAAGUUAUUGAUACAUAUAUAUAUAUUUAUAUACAAAAAGGUAGUCUAAUUUACCUGUUGUCUUGCAGAUAAGCCUUUGGAUAGUUUCCAUGACAUGCACUAUGAUCAAUACCCUAACUAAUUCUCUGCGUCCCACGAUCCACUCAGGAAUACUCAGGCAGAGUUAGUGUGGGGCCACCUCUGUCUCUUGCAAUGCCAUGGGCUUCAGAUCUGCAUACCCCUGCCUACCUUCACUCUGCAACAUCACUGCAACCUGCCUCACCUGGUGUAGAGGAGUUACUACCUUUCGGUUCAAUAUGAUAAUUUAACCAUACAAGCCCCCCCCCCCCCAGCCACUGCACAUUACUAUUCAAUAACCAUCGUUGUUACCUGGUUAUCAUAGGCAAGCUUCAGGUAACCCAUGGGCCCAACAGUAAACUAAAUUCCAUGUAAAAUAUUUCUGUGCAGUUGAAAUAUUGUACAUUGAUUAGCAGUUUAAAAAGCAGAACAAAUGCAGCAUGAUGUUUGAAAGGAAUUUUGGCAAGUUGGAGCCAACUUCUCAGUUUAGGCACUUGCCUUUUGAUCAUGAAAUGAAAUCUUGUACAAAUAUUGUAUGAAAUAAAAUCAAUGACCGUGAAAUACAUUUAUUUUGUCAAUUCUAUCGUAUUAUUGGCUUGGCUCUUUCCAAAGUUUUUGAUUUUGAACCCAACCAAUUGAUCAAAUUGUAAU